AUGCGCAUCCAUGCGGCUCUGACAACUGACAUUUCGCCAAAGGAUUUGCAACAACUCAUUGUUUCAAUGAGACACCUGGACAAAACUCUCGGAACUUUGGAUCGCGCAACAACUGAGGCAAUCAUUAAACGUGUGCACAAACCCGAUGAUCUCUUCGUCAACCUAUCUCCCGAGGCCAUCGAGGAGGUCUUGAGCAAGACCAAGGCCGUUGUUGCCCGAAACAAAUUGCCGAAAACAAGGCGCAAGAUGACUGAUAGCUGGUUCAAAGGAAUGAAAAAAGAUGGUGCUCGAAAGAAGCGCAAAUCUCCCUCCAAUAAGCACAGAGGCUAUUGUCAACCAUACUCCUUCGGCUGCUACUUUUUCCCAAUUGAAUAUCCCUGUGUGGAGUUUGACUGUGAGCCGGUACCUGAGGUCUAUCAACCAGUUGAGGAGGGAUAUCCUCCUCAAUCCGAUUUGUACCCAAACUUUGUUCCGGAAUAUCAUCCAGUGGAUAGCCUGGAGCCUUCAGUUCGCCACUCCAUUUUGAAAUACAUGCCUAAUAUUCCACCUGAACUCGCAGAUGCACUAUUC